UGUUUAUUUUGCAAGCCUGGAUAUUUCGGAGAUUAUUGUAACAAUUCUUGCCCAGAUUCCUGCCAAUCGUGUGACCACUACGGUAAAUGUUCAGCCUGCAGACCUGGAUUUUCAAACACACAAAAACAGUGUACAUGUAGAAAAGACAUUUGCUUCAAUUCGUCACAUUGCGACUCAUGCACAAAUGCAUCCUAUUUUGCAAAUAAAAAUGAAUGUUGUUCGUGCAAUCUUAAUAAGUGUGUUUCAUGUACAAAGGCGUUUGAUAGCAUUAUUUGCCAACUGUGCGAAAGUGGAUAUUUUCCCAACAAAAAUGGACAAUGUGAAACGUGCAAAUUACGAUGCGCCGAAAACAAAUGCGAUUCAUCUUCGGGCAGAUGUAUUCAAGGAUGCAGUAAUGGAUACUGGAAUCCAACAUGUGACAAAGAGUGUGAAGAAGAAUGUUUAUCUUGCAAUCAAACAGAUGGAUCGUGUACCCAAUGCAAGAACAAUGCAAAAUAUGGACCUAAUUGUAGAAAAGAAUGUAGCAAUACCUGUAAAAAAUUAAUAUGUGACAUAACUGGAAAUUGUACAAAUGGAUGCAUUACAAAUACAUUUGGAAAGAAAUGUGAAAACACGUGCGAUGAUUAUUGUUUACCAAAAGUCAACGAAACGCUUUGUUCUGAACACACUGGAAUUUGUUUAUACGGCUGUCAAACUGGAUACAAAGGAAGAUUUUGUCCUAAAGUUAUUGAAACAGAAGCGGACGCACAAACAUCUUCAAGAGCAGCCCUUGGUGGCGGUAUUGGCGGAGGAGCUGUAGCUCUUGCUGCCAUUCUGGUUGUUGGACUGAUUUUGUUUCGACGAAGAAAGGUCAAUUUGAGAAAUCAAAGAAAAACACCUGAAACAGAACCUGAGAACUUAUCUGCUUUGUACGCAACGGUGAACAGAGGAAGACCUUCCCAAGCAGAUUAUGCCAAUGAAGACACCGAUAAUCUUCACUCUGUCACCAUCAUGGAAAACACCAGUUACCAGAUUUCACCACAGCAGAACUAUGAGAAGGAAGAUAUGUCUAUUUUGACGGAGGACAAUCUUGAAAUUGAUGACGAAGAUUUUUGUGCACGGGAAUUCACAAACAUGUUCGAGGAAAAAGGAGGUGUUUAUUACAACAACGCAAGAGAAAUCAGCAAAUUAAAACUGACUGUAGCCGAUUUACCUGAAUAUGUACAAAACCUAUCGGUAAAGGGUCUAGAAGAAGAGUUUCAGAAUGUACCGUACGGUCUCGUGAAACCCUAUGAAGUUUCACAAAUUAAGCUAAACAUGCACAGAAACCGAUACAAAGGAAUUUAUCCGUAUGAUGAUACGCGUGUUGUAGUACAUGGAGGAGACACAGACUAUAUCAAUGCAAGCUAUAUAGACGGUUUCAGGAAACGAAAUGCAUACAUAGCUGCUUUAGGUCCAAUGGCUAAGCAGCUGGGCGAUUUCGGCCAAUUCUGGCGAAUGGUCUGGCAACAGAAAGUGGAGAAGAUUGUCAUGGUGACAAACUUCGUAGAGGGUGAGAAAACCAAAUGUGAGCAAUAUUGGCCAGAUCAUGGUCAGAGAAAACUAUAUGGCGAUAUAGAAGUCGUGUGCAAGGUUGAACGACUGUACGCAGAUUUCAUUUGGAGACAGUUAACGUUAUCCAAGGGUAAACACAAUUUCGAAGAAAGAAAUCUGCACCACCUUCAGUUCACAGCGUGGCCAGACAAGGACAUUCCUGAUGACGUCACAUCAAUCAUAGAGCUAAGACAGAAAGUGAACGCCUUGCCGAGUACGUUUAAUGGACCAGUGAUAGUGCAUUGCAGUGCCGGCGUAGGAAGAACAGGAACCUACAUAGCUCUGGACAUUCUGACCAAAGUGGGUGAAACAGAAGGAGCAAUAGAUAUCCCGGGAUGUGUUUUCAACAUGAGACAGAACAGACCCAGCAUGAUUCAGACUUUGAGUCAAUACAAGUAUCUACACGAAGCUUUGGUCCAUUCAUUGGCACUUGAUUGCUCGUUGAUAAAAAGAGAACACUUCCAUGAAUAUAUGAAUAUGAUGUCCAGCAAACAGGAGAUACAGAAGCAGUUUGAGAAAAUGCAGUUGAAUCAAGAGCGAAAGUCAGAACAGGAACUGCAGGCUAUGGAAAGAAAUCGGCUUCUGACAAAAAAGAACAGAAAAUACGCAGACAUACCAGGUGAUUCCAACAGACCACGACUUUAUCUGUUUUUGAAACCAGGCGAAUCUGAUUACAUCAAUGCGAUAUACAUCAACAGUUUCAAAACAAAAGACCGCUUUUUGGUUGCACAAACACCUCUGGCUGACACAGUUUCCGAUUUCGUUGCACUUGCUGUUCAAGAAAACUGUUCCUGUAUUGUUAGUAUGGAGGCACAGGGGAUUGGGUUAUAUGUUCCUGGUGACAACCUAUCAAUGAAGAAAGGUGUGAUUUCCAUACGGUCUGCCAGAGAUCAAAAUUCAAGACACUUUGUUAAAAGAAAGCUGCAUUUUGAACCCGACGAAAAGGCCAAGCCAGAGAUGAGAAUACCACACUAUGAAUAUUUGGACUGGGAUAGAAAUGACGAUACUCCAAAGUCGGCAGAACAUUUUGUUGCCUUCAUCAAAGAGGUUGAAGACGCAUCCAAAUCAUCUCACUUGAACGGACCGAUAUUGGUGCAUUGUAUGAACGGCGCUGGUAAGAGCGGACUUUUAUGUGUUGUCUCGACAUUACUUGAAACACUGAGUCUAGAUAAUGAAGUCAGUGUGGUCAAUGCGGUGAGGAAAGUCAGAGCAAGACGACCGCUUUCCAUUCCAAAUAAGGAACAGUUUUUCUUUUGCUACGAGUGUGUUCUCCAAUCCUUGAAUACAACAGAUGACGCUGUGUACUACAACACAAGUGCGAAUAUCAAGAGGAAGUAAACACGACUGACCAUUGUGAUACAAGACGUCGAUGUGUUGCCCUUUUCAAGAACACAUGAAUAUUAACAUCAUGGAUAGAUAUGUAAUCUUCAGCUUCAUUACGUAUAAUUUGCUAUGUUGACUUAUGUAAACGUAAAAUGAUUGCAGUUCUGCAUCACCGUAAUCACAUAAUUCACAAAACGCUAGUGUUUAUAUGUAUAUCUAAACAUUGUUUUUUGACUGUCAUUGUAAACAUUUGCAUACUUACUGCACUCAUUAUUUGAGUCAUACUGUAGUGUAUUGUAUUUGAUCGAAACGAGAUCCCAUAGGAGAGGCAUAAAUGCAAACUUAUCGCGCAAUAGGUAACAUUUGAUAAGAUUCAGCGACAUUCAAUGUGCACGUGGGGUAUACUUUCAGUCGUUAAGUUGAUGUAAGAACGCAGUUAGUGCUGCUUUAAUGAUUAAUGAACGCAUUGUACAUUAUCAUUGUCAUUACAUAUGUGUUGCAUUAUGCCGGAUGUAGAAGGUACUUUGAAUACACAAUGAAUGAGAAACGUUUACAAAGACGUCAUACAAUUAAACAUUUUUUAUUUCAUUUUUAUAAAAAAAAAUGUUGUAUUUUAACGAGCCAUUAAGUAUUUUAAAUGUUUUUGGCGUUGAUAAGGUUUUCAUUGACAAAAUGUUUUGUACGAGAAGAUUUGCACGUAACAUUAUAUUUUAUUAAAUAUUUAAGCAUUUGCAUAACUGCAUAUAUAUAUUUUUUUAUAUAAGUUAUAUUUUUAUUUAAAAAUAGUUUUCUGAUAGUAUUCUAUGUUUUCUACCAACUUGCAUUGGCUUCAAAUAAUAUGUAUACUAUAAAACAGUUGAUUUAUGAAUAAAUGUGUUAUCAUUUAUCAAAAGGCAAAACGUGGAAUGGUCAACAUGUCCAAUGGUACAAAAACAUCAUGUCUCACUCAAACUUAUAUGACAUGAAUAUUAAAGUGUAAGGAUGAAUCUGAAAACAGGAGUAUUGUCUGUUUACUUUAUUUACGUUUGUUUUUUUACAUUGUAUUAAAGCAUUAUAUGUAUUGAAAUGUUUUUAUAAUGCUCCAAAUUGACCUUAUUCAAAAAAAUAUGUUGUAUAUAUUUUUAUAACGAAUAAAACAUAUUCUUCUAUGUGACUGGUUGGAUCAAGAUCAUUUGUCUAUGACGUAAUAACACACUUCCUGAGGUUCAAAGAUUAGCUUGAAGCAAGUAAAGACAAACAUAAAAAAACGGGAAGUGAAUAAAUAUGUUCUUGAUACAAUACAUUGCCUGAUUUUAA